AGCUGGCAUCCUCUCUCUGCACAUCUUCACACACCGAGUGGCCAGCCGGCUGUCGUCGCAGCAACAUCAUCCUCUUACACACUCCAAACACAACUAUCAACUCUUUGAAAGCUUGUUUGGAUUUUGUGCUGAUGCGCUUUUUUGUUACAUGAAGUCUGAAGGCUCUUUAAAAGACAAGGGAGUGCAAGAUCCAUCAUGUCUGAGGAUUGUGGGGUGGAAUUAAAUCACCUGAAGUGAUGAGUGAACAGGCCCUGGUGCCCGUCGCUCUGUCCUCUCGCCGGGGCCUGGGUCUUCAGACGGCCCUGCACCGGGCCUCCAUGGUGGGGAACAGUGAGGCUGUGUGCGCUCUGAUUCAGGGAGGCUGCGCUGUGGAUCUGCAGGACAGAGUGAGUAGUGAACACACACCGCUGUGGACUGUCGUCCAUGCGCCCACAGUGUGCUUCAGCGGUGAACUGUCAGUACAACACACACACUGUGCACUUGUCUUGUGUUUUGUGGAGGAGUGUAACACCGCUCUGCAUGAGGCGUCCUGGCACGGCUUCUCUCAGUGCGUCAAACAGCUGGUCAAAGCAGGAGCAGAUGUGCACGUCAGGAACAAGACGGGGAACACGGCUCUUCACCUGACCUGUCAGAACGCACAUGCUCAGACUGCUCGCCUUCUGCUGCUCGGAGGCGCCAAUCCAGACACCAAAAACAACAUGGGUGACACGUGUUUACAUGUGGCUGCUCGCUACAACAACCUAAGCCUGGUGAAAAUCCUGCUGAGCUCGUUGUGCUCUCUAACGGAGAAAAACCAGGUAGGGGACACUGCCCUGCAUGUGGCGGCUGCUCUGAACCAUAAGAAGACAGUUCAGCUCCUGUUGGAGGCUGGGACUGAUGGAAAUAUCAAAAACAAUGCAGGUCGAACAGCUCUGGACAAAGCCAGAGAUAAUAAUCAUAAAGACGUGGCCCUUCUCCUGGCCAGAGCUCCACAGGUACAUCGCUACCUGAGAGGAAGAACAAUAAGGAAACAAAGAGAGAGAGUGAAAUCAGAGCACAGGAGCCUGUCUGUCAACAGAGAAGAAAUACUGUCAAACAAACACUUGUUGUACAUUGGUCCUGAGUUUCACACGGUACCUCAGGCUGUACGUGGUGAACAGGGCAGCAGUUCAAUAGCAGAGGAAGGCCCCAGUGUGGAACGAACAGGGAGCAGCGCACUUAUCCAGGCAGGACUCCAACAUCACCACCACCGACACCAUCACCACCAGCAGCACCAGUACCAGCACCAGUACCAGCAGCAGCAGCAACAUUACCUGAAAAAACCCACAACAAUCCACAACCACCACAACCACCACAGGAGCAGGAGAACUAAAGAGCAGGAGGAGAAUGACUUUGAUUUGAGAAAAUGCAAAAAGGAUACACAUGCAAGAAAGAAGAAUGUUUUAUUUGAAGAGGAUGAGGAACUGUCUCUGGAGAACGGAAGAACUUAUCAGCUUUACACACUGUACCGAGACAAGGAUGGCAACAUCAGACAGGCACCGGCCAGUGGGUGUCACUGUACGCCCCUGAUCAGGAGACUGGAGGGUCAGCUGAAAGCCACACAGGAGGAGAUGAGGCUGCACAUCCUGAACGUCCAGGAGCAGGUCAACAGCAGACUGGGCCAGAUGGACCGCAGGAACCGGCACCAGAUUAAAGUGCUGGACAUGCUGAAUCAGGAAAGAGCAGCAGCAGAGAGGAGGAACAUGAUCUACAGGCUGGAGCAGCAGGCGGCUCAAGGAAGACAAGAGGUCCUGAUGACGCAGCAGGCGGCUUUGAGUCGUGACCUGCAGAGGCUGUGUCUGUCCCAGCUCAAGGACACGGACGUCCACACUGCAGCCAAAGGACAGUACUGUAAACUGCUGCCCUCGCCAUCUGUGGAGCAGUGUGGAAUGGCAGACGCCGACCCGGAGUCCCUGCCCCUGCUGUCGGUGGUUUCUGGAGACAGCAGCACCUCACUGGCCACCUACGUCAACGUCCUGUCGUCCAAAUCCACCUACAGCCUGGGGGUGUCCGAGUGUCAGGAGACUGGCAGCAGGACGUACUUUGAGAUGAAAGUGGACAGGUCUCCAGACGACUAUGAGAACACUGCCCUGUUUCCACUGCCGGCCUCAGGGGUCCUGCUGACCUCCGCUGACUCCCAGUGGCGUCCUCCGUUGAUGCAGGACGGUCAGCACAGGGCAGCGGUGGUGACGGCGUGCGGGGACGUCUUUUCAAGCAGCAGCAGCAGCAUGUCCAGCAUCAGUGACCGAGGCCCACAGUGGACUGGACCGAAGCCAAACAGCAGCAAACGGAGGAAACACUUUCAGGAGCUGAUGAGCACAGGAAAACACUCCGACCUGCAGAAGACCACCACGCUGGAGUUCUUCGUGGACCGCCCCACAGAGCCCACAUUCAGCCAGGAGAGAAACAACCUGCAUGCUGUGGAAGUGACCCAGCGUUUCUUUGAGACGGUGUCGGCUCAGUUGGAGCUUUGGUAUGAGAGGAAGAUCCUGGAGGUGGAGAAGCAGAUGGAGGUCCAAGCGCAGAAGGACCGCAAGGAGCUGCUGCAGCGAAUCCACACGCUGGAGGAGGAGCUACAGAAGCUGAAGACCAAUCAGGACGCAGACAGCUGACACGUCUAAACUGGAGACAUUCAAA